AUGGGCCGUGACCGCUAUACCCCAAACUGGAUAGGUAACCUCUUUGAUAACUACAAAGUUAAAUGUCCAGAUGGGAGUAUAUGGAGGUUCGACGAAAAAAUCAGCGAGAAAUCACUUGAUAUUCAAGGGGCCGACCCUAAUUAUGUUGUUGCAGAGUCACAGGCAGUAUAUCACUGCCAUCAGACUAAGGGCCCCUCCAUUGGUAUGGAAGCUAUCGUUAAAGUUCGCAUGCAGGUUCCAUUCACAUAUCCAGCGAGCUCUGAUCCAUUUGUUCGCUCCUGCGAAGCAUGUGUGGGCGUUGCCGCUCCAACAGCUACUGAGGUAGCUGCCUUAGAACAUUUUACUAAAAAGGACUGCACUGUGGUUCCUCGUCUUCUACAUUGCAUCAGGUCUUACCAGGAUAUAUAUAUGCCAGUACCUGGUAGCUAUAUAAUAUUUCUUAUUAUGGAGAAAUGCCCAGGGGUUGAGCUAACCGACUUUUGGGAUUACGACGAAGCAAAGAGAAAGAAGAUACGGGAUGCAUUUCGCAAGAAUUAUACUGAACUUUUGUCAUGCUUUGCCGACCCUGCCGACCCGGGCCUUCGGAAUAUUAUCUAUGAUGAACAGGAGAACAAAUGUUGGUUUAUUGACCAUGAGCAAACAUAUAUACUCGAAGACGAGACGCCAAUGAUGUUCUAUGAGAAGGACUUUGUGUAUUGGGGUCUGGAAGAAUACGUACCUGUUGGCGCUGAGCAAUGCGGAUGA